AUGGCACAUUUUGUAGCAAAGUUUGGUACAAAGUGUGCCCGCUGUGGCCGGCAGAUCUACGCCAGUGACUGGGUACGGCGAGCCAGAGGCAAUGCCUACCAUCUGGCCUGCUUCGCCUGUUUCUCCUGCAAACGGCAGCUGUCCACAGGCGAGGAGUUCGGGCUGGUGGAGGAGAAAGUACUUUGUCGGAUCCAUUACGACACAAUGGUGGAGAACCUGAAACGGGCCGCUGAGAGCGGAAGCGGACUCACUCUGGAGGGGGCGGUGCCGUCAGAACAGGACAGUCAACCAAAACCGUCCAAAAGGGCACGAACGUCCUUCACUGCAGAACAGCUGCAGGUAAUGCAGGCGCAGUUUGCACAGGACAACAACCCUGACGCUCAGACCCUGCAGAAGUUGGCAGACAUGACAGGACUGAGUAGACGAGUCAUACAGGUUUGGUUUCAAAACUGCAGAGCGAGGCAUAAAAAGCACACUCCCCAGCACAGCGGCCCACCUCAAGCUCACCCGCAGGCCCGCAUGCCCCCCUCGCUGCCCGACGAGCUGCAUUACUCCCCUUUCGGCAGUCCUGAGAGAGCACGCAUGGUGGCCCUGCAUGGUUACAUCGAAAGUCAUCCGUUCUCGAUGCUCACCACACAGAGCCUCCCUCAUCAGGCCAUGACGUUGCCGCAGCUCCCUCUAAGCCGCUAAUGCCCCCGCCUCGCACUGACCCCUGACCCCUUCACCCUGACCUCCUGCUCCAAACCUCCGUCCCCCAGCGCCGACCCCAGAGGUCGGAUCUGGCUGAAGGAGAGGGGCACGGUCCCUCUUGCUCUUGGCCUCUGAACUCGCAAAGAGAGAGACUGUUUCCUCUCUGGUUUCAUUGGACAGGAUUUACUCACCUGCAUCUAGUCACUCUCGGUUAAGGAAAACCGCAUACGUGACCUGUGGAUUUAGGACUUUGUCACCAAGACCAGGAUCUGGACUUUUGGACAAAAAGGAAAGACUCGAGCACACACUGUAAAAGACUAGCGCUCUUGGUGCGUCCUCUCUUCUGAUAAUCUUGUCUGACUCUGAAUGCAAACAAAAGGAAUGUAAAGUUACCAGCAUCAGUGUUAAACAUUUAGAUUGAAAAAGGCAAAAGCACAAAAGAUGUGGAUGGGAAAUAAAUGGCAUAGAACCAGGUGGUAAGACAAAUUUUCUCUCUCUUUUUCCUUGCCAAAAUACGCCACGAUUGAAAUCUGUACUAAGCCACUGAAACGAAUUUAUGCCACAGUUCAGUUCACUAUUCCUUGCUUUCUUGUUCUAACACCCAUAUGCAAAGCAUAUGUGUUUUCGUGGGCCUAAAAAGCCAGCAGUCUUGAUUUGUCCACAGAUUUCACUUUAAAAA